CUUUCACCAAUAUCUAGCGAAAUGUCGAUGGUCCCUAACUUUGAUGUACUUUAGCUAGCAAGCAAGACAAGGCGGCAACAUACUCAGCAGCUAGUUAGUCGUGCAAGCUUUGAAAGAGGAGAAAGUCCAUUGAUAUUGCGCUCUACCUCAACAUGACGACCAAGCAGGAAUUCUUUGUGGACAUGACAUGUGAGGGAUGCUCUGGUGCAGUUACCCGAGUCCUCAAUAAACUGGGUGGUGUCCAAUUUGAGAUCGACCUCCCCAACAAGAAGGUUUUCAUUGAGUCUGACAAGGACACUGAUUUGCUUCUGGAAACACUUAAGAAGACUGGAAAGGCGGCUAACUACAUCGGCCCCAAGUGAAUCCUCCUCUUUCCUCUUUAUAGAACAGCUGUUGGGUCGGUGACUAUCUGAAGGAUGACUAUGAGAAGAAAGAACCCUCUGACUGCAGAACAGGCUUGCUGUUAUGUCUUCAUGGAUCACUGUAAUGAGUUCACGCUGCCAAGCUGUCCACUUUUGUUAGUUAAACACUAUUAUUUAUGCAUCCCAAAUGGCACCCUAUGGACCCCAGUCCAAACUAAGGGACUAUUAUACGGAAUAGAGCACUGUUUGGAACGCAUCCACUAUGAAAAUCCAGUACGAUUGCUGACAAAAUUAAAUAGAUCAUGUACUUCUAUGGGUUAAUGUUAGGCCUACUGCAGGUAAAUUAGAUUAUGUGAAAUUGAAGUAAGUUUUGUCUUAAUGAAGCAGCUAUUGUAAUUCACGUUGAUUUGGACAGUUUGGGGGGGGGGGCAAAUCAUCCUGUAUUAAGUUUUCCUUUCAUCUCUGAAUAUUGUUCAUGUUCACCCAUAUGUCGAAUUAAAAAGUUAAUUCUA